GAUGAGUCACGUGGGCGGUCGUUCAUUUGUUUCCGCAUCUAUCUGGACUGGAUGAAGCCGUUGAUUCGUCAGUAAACACUCUUGAAAGCGAUAGUGGUUUUACAGGGAUCUCACUUCGAUUCGUGGACAAGGAAACCUACAGUCAGAAGAAAUGCCAAUUUCAAGACGUCUGGACCGGAGGGAGGAUGCUUUAGGUGUUCCAAGAGGGAAUCGAAGCGUCUCAAGUUCAAGUAUGACAUCCCAGUACAGCAUUGGGUCAAUAGGUCAUAUCAGACUGGGAUCAAUAGAUCACGGGAGACAAGAAUACAUAGGCCAGGAGAGGCAUGACAGUAUCGAUGACCUCAGCGGAUGUGUGAGUCGCAGGAUGAAACUGGCAUACAGCACAAGUAGUGCAAGUAGUGAUACAUUGUAUGAGGAUGUCAACAACGACACCUACCGGUUUGUGUCAGAGGACAGGGACGAUGACUGUAUGCGAGAUCAAGACGAAAGUGACGAUAACGUGUUUUGUGAAUCGGACCAAAAGAGCAAAGACACGGGCUUUAUUUGUCUUCAGAGUGUACCGUACCCCCUCAUGUCCCCAAGAGGGUUGAGUGUAAGUACAUCAGAUAUUGGGACCCAGGAAUGCGCCCUGGAUCUCCGCAGGAAACAUUCAAACCGAUGUAGCGACACGGACAGCGACGGUCUUCCGAUACGAAAAGUACAUCGGCGCGUUUUUACAAACAGCCGCGAACGUUGGAGGCAACAAAACGUCAAUGGAGCAUUUGCAGAACUUCGUAAACUUGUUCCAACUCAUCCACCGGACAAAAAACUAAGCAAGCAUGAAAUACUCAGAUUGACAAUUCGUUAUAUCAACCUCCUCAACAACGUUGUAAAUUAUCAAAACGGUGAGAUGAUUGGACAGGUCAAAACGGAAGUAGAAUGUGAUUCAAGUCGUGACGACAUCAAAGAGGACGACAGGCACCAAACCAUCGACUGGGACGAUGACAAAAGUUCGUUCGGAUCCUAUUAUCACGGAGACGAUAGCGAAGAUUCCUCGUGAACUCAUAACAGUAAAGUCCAAAUUGACCGUUGACCUUUAAGUAAGCGUCGUCAUCGGAAAUCGAGACUCAGGGUAUUUCCGUUGUGCUUCGGCAGAAUUCUACAGGACUACGUACUAGAUAAUAUAAUUCAGACAAAUAUAUCCGAAAGUGGAACUACAAGAAUAUUUAUUAUAUUAUUGUUGUUGCGCAUCUGUUCGUGUCAACAGUGGUACAUCGGUGUGACAAUGGAUGAGAUAACUCCUAUUUUUAACGCACAAUCUGUGACCAUUUCUCAUUAGUUCUAUUACGCUGAUCAUGACCCCUGCGUGUUAAAUGAUGACUUUGUUUUAAACAAAUAAAUCGAUGGUAAUAAUAUGACAUUCAGGAUUGAUAAUGAUACUUGCUGACACUGACAAAACACGUCAAAAUGACGUUAAAAAGACAAUAAAAAAUGGUGAUUUCCUCUUAGGAAUCAGACGUUUUAGUAUUGUCAAUAUAUUUCGUUUGUUUGAGGAUCUUGCUAUUUGCAAAGCAAAACAUAUGAGUUAAUAUAUGAUAUAUGAAAAUAAAUGAAGCAUGUGCAAACACGAUAUUUUUUCUGCAUACUGGGUACAUAUGUUUCUAAGUAAACAAUUGGUGACGAUAAAGCUUACAAAA